AGUUCCAUCUUCUCGUAUUGAUUUGUCAGAAGCAUAUUCUAUUUGACAAUCUGCAGGGCUUCAUCUGAUCUGAGUAUCCAGAUUCAGAUUAUUGCGAUUUAUCUGACUGGAAUAACUAAGGUUGUAUUGGAGGAAAAGUAAAAAAAAAAACACUUUUAUCCUUAGUUAUUCUCAAAAUUGUCUCCAGAAUGAUUAAUAGAUAUUAAUUGUUGACAACUGGGUUAAUAUGAUCAAUAAUUUUAUUACUCAUGCGUUUAUCAUAAGCCUUCUUUUGGUUUUAUUCCUAUUUCAUUUACUCUGUUUGGUUGUCUGUUAUUUAAUAACUUGGGAUGACCAGGUGAUUUGAUUUCAUUUUCAAGCUUGAGAUGAAUAGAGCUUGAGGACUUGGCUUCAUUUAACCAAUUAUAUAUAAUCAAUAAUAAUAAUAUAAUAAUAAUUGUAAUCCAAAGAAGACCUGGUGCAAUUUCUUAUAAAGUGGGGGUUUUUUUGGUAAAUUCAACGGAUAUAUUCUAUUCAAAAUUAUGCGUGGGAUUAAAUUAUAGCAACAACACACAUCAUCGGACAAAGCAGCGUCCGCAACGAGCCAUCGUCGUCCUCACCGAGCUCUCCUUCACCGCAAUCAUGGCGUUGGCCGAAGGCGUCCUCUUAAACCACAUCGCCAGAGAGACCCCCGACGUGAAGCGCCUCGCCGCCUUCUACGAAGAGGUCCUAGGGUUCCAGAGGGUCCAAACCCCCAAUUUUGGUGGAUUCGAGGUCGUCUGGCUCUCUCUCCCCCCUUCCUUCACCCUUCAUCUCAUCGAGCGUAAUCCCCUCUCCGGAUCGAGGUCGGAGCCGUUUGUUCGCGAUCCGAAGGCCCUCCCGCGUGCUCACCAUGUCUGCCUCUCUGUUUCCAACUUUGAUUCCUUUGUCCAAGCUCUCAAGGAGAAAGGGAUUGAGACUUUUGAGAAGACACAGCCAGAUGGGAAGACCAAGCAGGUCUUCUUCUUCGAUCCUGAUGGCAAUGGUUUGGAAGUUUCAAGUCGGGUGGACCCUAAGGAACGAGGAUCUUGAAGAACCAUAUGUCGUGGAAGAAUUGUACAUAAAUAAGCAAACAAUGCAUGGUACUUGGAAUGCUUAAAAAGGUAUAUCUUCAUGUGUUUUGCAGUACAUAUGAGCAAUGUUGUGGAUAAUCCAUCUUGAGUUUCUUCUUAUUAUCAGCUUAGCAACCUCCUCUUGUAUGAAUUUGCAAGUAUUAUGAUUUCCUUCAAGUAGGAAAUGUUCUCUGACAGCUCUGUUUCCAUGCUAUGAAAAUGCCCCUUUUCAUUAUCUUACAUUAAAACUGGAGCUAUAUAUUUUUGUCAUUCA